AUGUCGAAUGAUCAAGAACUACGCAAGCUCCGCCCCAGACGCGGGGCACCGAGUCAUGAAAACGAAGACGCGGCGAAGAAGCCGCAGACCAUCCUUCCCCGACCAUGCCCGUCUACCACCUCACACGGUCCAGAAAAUCGACCCGCGCGUGGACAACAAGGCCGGCCAGAAGCCCCUCGCAAGCCUCCCCGCGCGAAGAGCCGCAGGUCGGUGCUGUACUUGAAGAAGGAGGGAGCGCACGCCGCUAGUGCCAUGACGAUCAGAGAGGGUUUGACUCGCGUCAGAAACAAGCCACUCAAGGACUCCGAGCGGUACAUAGUUGGCAAACAGCAGAUCCACCGGUGCGGGUGCGCCGCGGCAGGGGCAGUCGACGGCGACGCGACGACCCCCAGGUGCAAGUCGUCCUUCCCACUCAUCAGCAUCAAGGCGGCACGGAAGCACUUCCGAGAGGUGCACUACGCAGCCGACGAGAAACAAACAGACCGCAUUGUUCGAUGUCGGUGGAUAGGCUGUACCAAGACCUUGAAAUUUCGCGACACUGGCCGUCACUUCAGCCAGCACUUUGGGGCCUGCUACCGGUGUCCGAAUUAUCCGGCAUGUCGUUGGGGUGGGUCAAUAAGUCGCGCGGAUGCUCUUACACGCCACAUGGAGCGAUGUCCCGUGGAGCGGGAGAAACGCGCUGCCCACUUGCAGGCAGAUGGCCCGAGGGACUUCGAAGUGUCAACGCCUAUGCCAGAGCAGCCCGAAGCUGGGCCUUCUAACCCGCGAAAGCGCUCUCGGAGCUGUGUGCAAGACUUCGAAGAGGAAGAGUACCACGACAACUCUGAGCAGCACUGGGAUCCCAACGACGAGUACGACGAGGACUAUGUGCCGUCGAAGUCGGUGAAGAAGGGCAAACAGCACGCCAGGAAGCGGAGGAGGGACUAGAUGCUUGUUUGUCUUCCUUGGGUACAUCGCUACUGUAUGCCCUUUCUGCCGUCAUUGUGAUCUGUUUCCAUUGUGCUGCAAUCUCCUUCUUACUGGCUCUUGCUGUCUCUACGCUACCGCCAUUGUCCGUUUACUCUCUACGAACACCUAUCGC